GUAUAUGGUAACCGUUGUAGGAUUAUGACACCAUUGACAUCUAGAUUCAUAAUGCAGUCAUGUCUUACUUUGGCGGAAAUCAAAAUUUACAUCACUGCAAAGAAUACCUACCAGUUAUCAGAGCGUGAAGAAAUACCACAUUAUUUGGGAGAAGACUCGCGCAAUAUUGAUUCUUUUCUACAUGAAGCAAUCCCGGAAGCAAUACGCCAUUGCUGCACUGGAAACCACAUUAAACUGUUAUUUGUAUAUUUUUUCGACAAAUUUGCCUUGUAUGUAACAAUAUCUAACAUUUGGCAUUUCAUUUAAUUUGUGCACUGAUUCAGGAUGUUGAAUUCCCAGUGUUCCCAUUACGCACUGCACGUCCAAUCAGUUGUACCUUGCAUUCGCAUUCUGGAAGCGAGUUGUACUUUUGAACUUCUCGGUCCCUUAAUUAAUCAUUGCAAACGGUCCGGUAAGAGAUCUUCAAACAUCGCAACAUGGCAUCAAGAUUUCCUGAAGGAAACCUGGUUCAGCUAAAACCUAGAAAAGGUCAUGACAUGACAUGGUCAUGUGACAAGCAUGGUGAGCCAAUCGCAUUUUACUGUAAGGAACACGGAUUACCCGUAUGCGAUCGAUGCGCUAUCAAAAACCAUUGUCAAAAACCAUGUGAACUAGACGACAUCGAGGAUGUCAUCUUCGAGAGAAGGAGAAAGCUGGAUGAGAAACGACCAAAAAUACAGGAGCUUCAGAAGCAAAUUAAAGCCCUCGACUCGAAAAUAAAGACUGCUUCAGCUUCUGGAGAUACUCACCUCCAGAUAAUUAAGAACAGCAUUCAAGGAGCAUAUAACGACAAGAUGAAAUCUGUUGAGGAAAAGGGGAACCGGAUGGUUAGGAUGAUCAAUGAGGAGGCAGAUGAGGAGAUACGACUCGCAAAUGAGAAGAGAGAAAAGCGGAUCAAGGAUUGCAACACUGAGAGAGAAAAGGAGCGAAAAAACAUCAAAGACAAAGAAACAAAACUUCUAUCAGAUACAAAAACAAUCAGUGAAAUCGUUUCAAAGAAGAUCAAAGAUCUUUCUAAUAAGAAUCAGCAUCUAAUAAAUACUAUUACGAAUGUUCAAUCAACCAUCAGUCGUAUAAACCAACAUGAGGAAUCACUGGUGAAUGAGGCUCCUCAAGUACUUGCAUCUAUUGAUGAAAAUAUAAGUAUUCAUAAAGAUGUCAGCGACUGUCUAGACCGAAUACAGAGUGAAGUUGAGAGAGUGACGUUUGUAGAGUGGGAAGUAGGUGGAGAAUACUAUGGUAAAAUUGAUGGGUAUAUCGGGCAAUGGGAAUCUUUCAGGUCAAUUAACAUUCCAUCUUUUGUUAAAUACCCGUUGGUGCGUGGUUUGAUCGGUGAUGAUGAGAUAUGUGUGCAAGACGGAUAUAACAAAGACAUGUAUGUGACAAACAUCAGCGCUGAUCAGCACGCAGAGAAAGUCAUGGAUGGAGGUAGGAGCACGUGGAUUAUGUCAUGUUCCUCCGUAGACAGAAACAUAAUAGUAUGUGGUAAGGGGAGAAAGGAUUACACGGGUGGCAGGUUGGAUACCCACAUCACUCUCUAUGACAGACAAUGGAAGAUGAUUAGAGACAUCAGCAUACCACGGAAUGGAAGCGACAGUAGUGUGUAUGCCGAUGUUGACAGGGAUGGGAUGAUCCUCGCUGCUCAGUACGAUCAGUCUAAUAUCUACAUCAUUAACCCUGCUUAUGACACGAUAAAUAAUACCAUUACGAUGCAGGGUAAGAAGGUGAGGGGUGAAGUGCAAGCCUUGUCAUCAGGUGAUGUCGUUGUGAAGACAGGUGAUAACGAAUUUACUGUCAUCUCACGAUCAGGAGAAGAGAAGGCUUUCAUACACUGCCAUGAGUGGGUCGUAUCAGAGUGUUGCGUUGACAAACAGACAGACACACUCUACAUCGUGCACUGGGAUGGAGCGCGUACCUACGCAGUUGAUCAGAUGUCGCGUGAUGGUAUCAUUCAGGCAAAGAAGAUCAUGGAAUAUCCGAGAUCAGAUCGCUCUCACUGGCUCAGCCCUUGUCUUAUCACUUCUUCUGGUAACCUCGUAGGAUGUGAUGGAGACACCCUCUUUCUUCACAAGAAGGCCUUUGUCUUGUAAAUGAUUCCAUUCCCGGAUUCCAUUUGGAUUUCCCAUCCAUACUUUGGGCUGAUUUCCGUUUGAUCUUAUUGUAGAAAGAUAUAGAAGAGCUUGUAAUUGAAUGGGAAGAAAGAAACAAUGUAAAAUCCAAGUUUCUUAGGGUACCUAACAGUGGCGUAUCUUGGACAAUCCUGCUCCUUUCAUGAUGGCAUGAC